UAAUAAUGUCAAUUGAAAUUUAUGAAAUCUCCCAGAAGUAGUCAACAAUUCUUCCUGAGCAAGGCAAAUCAAAAACACCCCAAAAAUUAAAGAAAUCCACAAAAAGCUACAUUCAUCUCUUUCCUUCUCACCUCCCCCUUCUUCUAGUAGUCCUAUAAAUUUAAAAGUUUCCCCAUAUCCCACACUCAUUACUACUACAGCAGAGACUAAUAACACCAGGUUCAGGGUCCCCCACCCCCCCACCGCACAACUCAACCCUCUAAUCUAACUUUUUUCAGUUUCUAUUGAUUCUCCUUCCAGCUUAAAUCUGUUGUUGCCCAGCAACUUGUUUCACAUCAUCCUCAAAUCUUCUUCAAGUUUUUUUUUUUGCAGAGAAGCUUUAAAACACAGGAGUUCAUUCUUAAUUGGUUUUGCAGGUCGAUCAUUGUAAUAUUUAAGAAAUGAACGACCUGGAAUAUCAGAACAUAGAGAGUCAUCAUCAAGUAGUGCCGUUUUUGGAGUUGAAGAAUCUGAAAGUGAUUUCUGCACUCGGUCGGGGAGCCAAGGGAGUGGUGUUCUUGGUUCGAUCGGAUACAGAUGAUGAUGAAUGUUUUGCGCUGAAGACGGUUUUGAAAAAAUCUAUUGAGAAAAGUAGUGGAAGGAAGAAGACCAAGAAGAGCCCAGAUCGCGAGACUUAUGCUAAUAAUAAUGGGAGGCAGAAUAGAUUGAGCUUUGAGGAAGAUGUUUUGGCAUCGCUUAAUCAUCCCCUGUUUCCCAAACUCAGGGGACUUGUGGAAACCGAUCAGAUCAUCGGUUACGCCAUUGAUUACUGUCCCGGCCGUGAUCUCAAUACUCUCAGAAAGAAGCAAACUGAGAAGAUGUUCUCCGAUGACAUUAUCAGGUUUUACGCUGCAGAAAUUGUAAUGGCCCUGGAAUAUUUACACGGAAUGGGAAUUGUAUACAGAGAUUUGAAGCCAGAGAAUGUGAUGAUCCAAGAGAAUGGGCAUUUGAUGUUCGUCGAUUUUGAUCUCUCUACAAAACUCUCAAUCAGAAGUCCCGAUAUUCGCCGGUCGGCCGAGUCAUCGCCGGAAUCCCCGAAUGUAAAUAAUGGGAGGACGAAUAAGAAUAACAAGAAGAAUAAAUUCUCUCCCCUAUCAUUUAUUUGCAAAUCCGGCAUAAUUACCGAGGCGGACUCCGUACACCCGGUUGAAUUCAACUCCGACACGUCAAGUCACCAGGACUGGGACUCCGUAGAGAAAUCAAACUCAUUCGUGGGUACCGAGGAAUACCUGGCGCCGGAAGUCAUCUCCGGGAACGGCCACGAUUUCGCCGUGGACUGGUGGUGCUUGGGGGUGAUGUUAUACGAGAUGCUCUACGGGACGACGCCGUUCAGGGGGAUAGAUAGGAAGGAAACGUAUUACCGGGUUCUGGUCAAGACGCCGGAGUUGGUCGGCGAGCCAACGCCGUUGAGGGAUUUGAUUCGGAAAUUACUGGAAAAGGACCCCAAAAAGAGGAUAUCAGUGGAGGAAAUCAAACGGCACGAGUUCUUCAAAAAUGUCGACUGGGACCAUCUGUUGGAAAUUUCGCGGCCCCCGUUUAUUCCUCCUGUCGAGGACUUGCCGGGAAUUAAACAAAUUGAUGUGGAGUCCUUCGUCCAUGAAAUAUUUCAAGGUGAUGAACAUCAUCAUGAUGACGUCAAGAUGAAGGAUAAAUUGGAUUCGGAAGCUAAUAAUAACAACAACAACAAAGGAGUGUGGGUUGAAGGAUUUUGAUCAAUUUCCACACCAACAAAUGAGAUUUUUUUUAAUUUUUUUUUUUGGCUUUUUAGGUUAAUUUUUGUAGCGAAUAAUUAUUUUAUUCUUUGGGGGAUGAUAUUGUAGAGUUCAAGAGUGUAUAUAGUGAAAAUUAAUUUAUGACCCUCCAUUUUACACAAAAUAUAUAAUAGUCUACUUAUAACAAUGAAUAAGGUGAUUUUGAUUUGUUUAUCUUGAUGUUCUGAUUGUAAAUUCUAGUUUAUGAUUUUGAAAUUUGUUUUACCAUUUGUCACGUUACUACUACAAUAGUAUAACAGAUUUUUUAAUAAAGUGAAUACGAAUCUGAAAACUUUGAAAAAG